UUUAGUGUCCUAUGACAAAACGGCGAGCGUAAAUUUUUUAAGUCAUCAGAAAAGCUGUUCUGUUAUGAUAAGAGUGGUAAGAAAUGUUCGUCUGAGAACAUUAAAACUACUAGCCCAACCCAAAUUAGAAUUAUAUGAGGGUAAAGAAACAAUAAUUCACUACUUGAAAACAAAAUCUUCAAUUACAACUCUUGAAAAGACAUUUCUACCAUUGUUGUGUAACAGGUUCAUGUCCACCAUGUCGAGUGAUAAAGACACUGCCAACAAGAAGAGGAAGUUGGAUAGUGAUGACCAGUUGAAGGAAAAUGGUGAACCUGCAGUUAAGAAAACAUCUACUGAAGAUUUUGAGGAGAAAAUCAAAGACACGCGGAUGUCAGUAUGUGGGUCGGUUGCAGAGUUUAAAUUCAACAAGAAACGCGUACGCGUGUUGUCAAAGACUCAGGAUUUUCCAGAUGAAAGUAAUGGUGUGGUCUACUGGAUGUCAAGAGAUCAAAGAGUGCAUGAUAACUGGGCAUUACUUUAUGCUCAAAAAUUGGCUUUGAAGUUGGAGGUUCCCCUUCAUGUUUGUUUCUGUCUGGUUCCGAAAUUCCUCGAGGCAACCAUCAGACAUUACACAUUCAUGUUGGAAGGACUAAGGGAAAUUGAAAAGGAGUGUAAAGAACUUGGGAUAAGUUUCCAUCUGCUAAUAGGCCAUGCCAAGGAAGUUCUUCCUACAUUUGUUAAGGAGCAUUCUAUUGGUGGACUGGUCACUGAUUUCUGUCCACUUAGAGUACCAAGAGCAUGGGUAGAUGAUGUUGUGAAGGCUGUACCAAAGGAUAUUGCUGUUUGCCAGGUUGAUGCCCACAACCUUGUACCGUGUUGGGAAGCUUCACCGAAGCUAGAGUAUGGUGCCAGAACAAUACGUAACAAAAUACAUAACCAGUUGUCCGGUUUCCUCACAGAAUAUCCACCAGUCUGUAAACACAAGUUUCAGCCUAAAAAUGAACCAAAGCCAAUAGACUGGGACUCGGCCUAUGCAAGCCUUGAAGUGAACCAGACUGUGGGCCCGGUAGAAUGGGCAAAGCCUGGAACCAGCGCUGGGAUAAAAAUGCUUGAAUCAUUCUGUAAGGAACGGCUGAGAUAUUUUGGCAGUGAGAGGAAUAAUCCGAACAAAAAUUCACUUAGUAACCUGUCUCCAUGGAUACAUUUUGGUCAGAUAUCUGUACAGCGCUGUGUCCUCAUGGUGAAACAGUACAGGGGGAAAUACAAGGAAGGGGUAGAUGCCUACAUAGAGGAGGCCGUCAUCAGACGAGAACUGUCCGAUAACUUCUGCUACUACAAUGAACACUAUGAUAGUAUAGAAGGAGCAUAUGAUUGGGCUAAACAGACUUUGAAAGCUCAUGAGAAAGAUAAAAGAGAAUAUGUUUAUAGCAGGGAAAAACUGGAACAAGGCAAGACUCAUGAUCACCUGUGGAAUGCUGCACAGAAUCAGAUGGUAAAUGAAGGGAAGAUGCAUGGGUUUAUGAGAAUGUACUGGGCAAAGAAGAUCCUUGAAUGGACAAGUAGUCCAAGUGAAGCUCUAGAGAUAGCUAUAUACCUCAAUGAUAAAUACAACUUGGACGGACGAGAUCCCAAUGGUUAUGUGGGUUGCAUGUGGUCGAUCUGUGGAAUACACGACCAGGGCUGGAAGGAGAGAGAAGUGUUUGGUAAGAUACGGUACAUGAACUACAACGGGUGUAAGAGAAAGUUUGACGUGGGCAGUUACGAGGCAAAAUACCGUCGGCAGACUAUCAGUAAAUGAAAGAGAUAAUCAGCACUAAGCAGAUCGUGGGUCAUGUGAUCCAGACUUUGACUGGAAUUAGUGCAAGGGUGUAGUAGUGAACUGGUUGUCCUCGUUGGAAACAUAGCUGUCAAAUACAUGUACUUUGAAAGGGUUGUAGUUUUGCCGUUUUUGGCCACAAAAGCCAGAAUUGAAAUCGUCAGUACAAUUAUUGUGCUGAAUUUAUAGAGAAACUGUGUUAUGUCAGUAACAAUUAAAAAAAACAUUGCAUGUAUCUUGAAAAAUUAUUGGUCAUGAUGUUUGAACUAUUUGAAGAUUCAUAUUUUGCUGAAAGAUGUUACUAGAACUGCUGAUCAAGAUGUGGAUCUUUAGACUGUCUGGAGAUUAUCUUUACCAAAGCUCAGGUCAUUUUUCUUAUAGCUAUUGGAGUCAUUUUGAUACACAUAUAUGAUUUGUUGUUGUUGUUGUUAUUGCAUGAUUUGUAUAUAUACAAUGUAGUUAGAUCUCUAGUUCAACAUAUAUUUACUGUUGUUAUAAAUUCAUAAAAAAGAACCAUAAUACUUUGCAUUGUAAUAUCUUUUUUUAAUAUACACAUGUACAAAUGUCAAGAAACUUUUCCUCAUUGGUAAAUAGCAAAAUGUUUUGCUGCCUCAUUGCAGUGUAAGAGCCACGUGUAAUACUGUUAUUCUUUUGUAAAAGUUUUCAUUGUUAUUUUAGUUUUAUCUUUUUAGCUCAACUGUCACAAAGUGACAGGGUGAGCUUUUGUGAUCGCUUUUCGUCCGGCGUCCGGCUGUCCGUCCGUCCGUAAACUUUUACUUUAAAUGACAUCUCCUCAUAAACCACUAAGCCAAUUUCAUCCAAACUUCACAGGAAUGUUCCUUGGUAGUCACCUUUAAAAAUUGUUCAAAGAAUUUAAUUCCAUGCAGAACUCUGGUUGCCAUAGCAACCGAAAGAAAAAACUUAAAAUAUCUUCUUUUAAAAAACCCAAAGAGCUAGAGCUUAGAUAUUUGGCAUGAAACAUCUUCUAGUGAGUGUCUACUAAGUUUGUUCAAAUAAAAGCCCUGGGGUCAAAAUUGGCCCCGCCCCAGGGGGUCAUUGAUUUUUCCUAUAUGCAUAUAGUAAAAACUUAAAAAAUCUUCUUUUAAAGAACUCAAAGAGCUAGAGCUAAGAUAUUUAGCAUGAAACAUCUUCUAAUGAGUGUCUACCAAGUUUGUUCAAAUAAAAGCCCUGGGGUCAAAAUUGGCCCCGCCCCAGGGGGUUAUUGAUUUUCCCUAUAUGCAUAUACAG